GGUAUCUGACGGGGAGGAGCUGAACUUUCACACCGGGAAGUUUACGUUCACAUGUGGACGGUGUGUGUGUGUGUGUUUAACACGCAUCUAAUAACACAUCAGACAUCAUGUCAUCAAGCAAAGGGAAAGGCAAAGGGAAAAAGAGACUGAGUGAAGGAGAAGGAGACAGAUCCGCGUCAGUCUGUGAUGAACCGGAAUCUAGCGUCACGAGCGGCGGAUUCACGGUCACGGACUUCAUAGAGAGAGCUGAAGAUAAAGUCCCUAAGCGCUGGCGUUCAUAUUUGGCUCAGAUGAGUGUGAACACCAUGAAGACUCUGAGCAUCUGCAUCGGACGCCCGGUCCUGAUCUCCAGCAGCGCGGGACAGCAGCAGGUGUGUGUGGCGUGGCCAGCAUCUCAGUUUCCGGGCAGGCGUGUGGGUCUUCAGUCCAGCACUCAGUCCGCUCUGAGAGUGACGUCUGGGUCUCGGGUCACAGUGCAGCCCAUCACCGGAGCCCUUCUGCAGGCCGAGCACCUGCGGCUGACGCUCAGGCCUGAAGACAAAGUGCUGAACACAGAAGAGUUCAGGAGUUAUCUCCUGCGGACGCUGGACGCUCGUGUUCUGCUGCCGGGGGGCUCUGUGUGCGUCUCAUAUUUCGGGCGUCAGUGUGUUCUGGGUGUGGAUUCCUGGUUGAGUGGUCUGGAACAGCUGUCCAUCCAGCAGAGCACACCUGAGCGAUCACAUGACCCCUCACCUCUGACCCCUGACAGAUCACAUGACCCCUCACCUCUGAGCCCUGUCUCUACGCCCUGUAAACCGAGUGACCCGGUUCUCAGCCCGUCCGAGGCGUCGUUCACUGACGGGUGCGGACGCUCACCCGCGGACACCUUCUACACCGUCUGCAGCUCCACCACUCUGAGUGUGUGUGACCCCGACGAGCGGGACGAGGCCGAGGAGGGGGCCGAGGGGUCAAAGGUCACGUACAGUAUGAUCGGCGGCCUCAGCGGUCAGCUGCAGGUCAUCAAGGAGACCAUCGAGCUGCCGCUCAAACACCCCGAGCUCUUCAAAAACUAUGGAAUCCCGCCUCCUCGAGGGGUGCUGCUGUACGGGCCGCCCGGCACAGGGAAGACCAUGAUUGGACGAGCCAUAGCCAAUGAAGUGGGAGCUCACAUGAGCGUCAUCAACGGCCCCGAGAUCAUGAGCAAGUUUUAUGGAGAAACUGAAGGCAGAUUGAUGUGUAAAUGUGUUGACGGGGUGGAGGAAACGUUCAUGAAUGACCAGAAGUUGGACGCUCUGUGUCCCAGGAGAGAAGGAGCUCAGAAUGAAGUGGAGAAGCGGCUCGUGGCCACUCUGCUGACGCUCAUGGACGGGAUCGGAUCCGUGAGGUGUGUUCACAGCGGGCAGCUGCUGGUUCUGGGGGCCACCAAUCGUCCUCACGCUCUGGAUCCGGCGCUGCGGCGGCCCGGACGCUUCGAUAAGGAGCUGGAGAUCGGCGUUCCCGGCGCGGACGGGCGGAUGGAUAUCCUGCAGAAGCAGCUGCGCUCCAUGCCGUGUGACGUCUCCACCGCCGAGCUCCAGGAACUAGCCGACGCGGCGCACGGAUACGUGGGAGCAGACCUCGCCGCCGUCUGCAAGGAAGCUGGUCUUCACGCGCUGAGGAGGGUUUUAGGAUCCAAACCUGUUCUCUCUGAUGUCCAGGUGAUGGACAGUGUAAAGGUCAUGACCUCUGACCUGAGACUGGCCAUGACAGAGGUCAAACCCAGCGCGAUGAGAGAGGUGGCCAUCGACGUGCCAAAGGUUCGUUGGAGUGACAUCGGUGGGAUGGAGGAGGUGAAGCUGGCGCUGAAGCAGGCGGUCGAAUGGCCCCUGCGGCACCCCGAGGCCUUCAGCAGGUUGGGUAUAACGCCACCUAAAGGCGUCCUGCUGUACGGCCCGCCAGGAUGCUCCAAAACCAUGAUCGCUAAAGCACUAGCCAACGAGAGCCAGCUCAACUUCCUGUCCAUCAAGGGUCCAGAGUUACUGAGUAAAUACGUGGGUGAAUCAGAGCGAGCGCUUCGAGAGGUUUUCCGGAAGGCCAGGACAGUUGCUCCAUCUAUCGUUUUCUUUGACGAGAUCGAUGCUUUAGCAGCAGCACGCGGAAGUUCUGGUCAGGCGGGAGGCGUCGCUGAUCGAGUGUUAGCUCAGCUGCUGACAGAGAUGGAUGGAAUCGAACAGCUCAAAGACGUCACGGUUCUUGCUGCAACCAACCGACCGGAUAUGAUUGACAAGGCUCUGAUGCGUCCGGGGCGUCUGGAUCGCAUCAUAUACGUCCCGCUGCCGGACGCAGACACUCGCCGAGAGAUCUUCACGCUGCAGCUCCGGAACAUGCCCAUCCAUCCCAGCGUGCACCUGGAGGACCUGGUGACCCGGACUGAGCGCUACUCGGGGGCAGAGAUCACAGCUGUGUGCAGAGAAGCGGCUCUGCAGGCGCUGCAGGAGGACAUCACAGCUCAACACGUGAGCGCCGGACACUUCGACUGCGCUCUGAACACCGUCAGACCCCGAAUCCCACAGACGCUCCUGCAGACAUACACCAGCUACCAGCAGAAAACACGGAGGAGCACGCGUCUGACCACCACAACCUGCAGCCCUCACUGGAGAACCUCAUGA